AUGGCUUCUCCAAUGGACCUCCACGCGGCUUCGGUUGAGGAAGUUCUCGAGCAAAGACCGAAGAAAAGUACUUAUAGAACUGUGGUUGCAAACCCGUAUCUGUUUGGCGUAGCGUUGUUCUCGUCACUUGGAGGGUUCCUUUUUGGUUAUGAUCAAGGAGUGGUUUCUGGUAUUUUGACAAUGCAGUCAUUCGGGGUUGCUUUUCCAAGAAUUUAUCUGGAUAGUGGCUUUAAAGGAUGGUUUGUUUCAACCUUGCUUCUAGCUGCCUGGUUCGGAUCUCUUGUGAAUGGCCCCCUAGCAGAUCGAUACGGACGGAAGAAGUCAAUCAUGGCAGCAGUCGUCAUAUUUACAAUUGGUUCAGCCAUACAAGCAGGCGCAGUCAAUGUGCCAAUGAUCUUCGCUGGUAGAGCAAUCGUCGGUCUAGCCAUCGGUGUCCUGACUAUGGUCGUUCCUCUAUACAUGGCCGAAGUAUCUCUGCCUGAAAUCAGAGGUGCGAUUGUGGUUCUCCAACAGCUCGCCAUCACACUUGGGAUCUUGUUCAGCUUCUGGAUCGACUACGGGACGAACUAUAUUGGUGGCACUCGAUGCGCUCCAGAUAUUCCGUACACUGGCGGAACAGCUGCAAGCCCAAAAUUUGACCCCCGAACAGACGUCGGCUCAGGAGGUUGCACAGGACAGAGCGAUGCUUCAUGGCGGCUCCCUUUCUCCUUGCAGAUUCUCCCGGGUCUACUGUUAGGUAUCGGGAUGUUUUUCUUCCCCGAAUCGCCCCGCUGGCUGGUGAAACAAGAUCGUGAUGACGAAGCCAUCGUUACGCUCGCCAAACUCCGACGCCAGCCUCCAGAUGACCCGGUUCUGCUUGCAGAAUACGUCGAGAUCAGAGCCGAAGCUGCGUUCGAGCAACAGAUCAUCAGAGAGCAAUAUCCGGGCGUUUCGGAACUUCGACUCCAUAUGUUACAGUACGCUGGGCUUCUGACCAACAAGUCGAGCUUCAGACGACUGGCUAUUGGCUGUUGUAUCAUGUUCUUCCAACAAUUCAUGGGAUGCAACGCAAUGAUAUAUUACGCGCCAACUAUAUUUUCCCAGCUCGGACUAAGCGGAAACACGACAUCACUCCUCGCAACAGGCGUAUACGGCAUAAUCAACAGUCUCAGCACGCUCCCGGCACUCUUCCUAAUCGACAAAGUAGGCCGCCGCCCGCUCCUUAUGGCCGGCGCACUCGGCGACACCAUCUCGCUCGUCAUCGUGGGCGCCAUCAUCGGGAAAUACGGCUCGACGCUCGUGUCGCACAAAGCAGCUGGCUGGGUCGGCAUAGCCUUCAUCUACAUCUACGACAUCAACUUCAGCUAUUCCUUCGCGCCCAUCGGCUGGGUUCUGCCGUCGGAGAUGUUCAACCUCGCGAUCCGGGCCAAGGCCAUGUCCAUCACGACAUCGACGACGUGGAUGUGCAAUUUCAUCAUCGGGCUCGUCACGCCGGAUAUGCUGGAGUCCAUUACGUGGGGCACGUAUAUCUUCUUUGCGGCGUUUUCGCUGCUGGCCGCAGGCUUUACGUAUUUCUGCGUGCCCGAGACGAGGGGCAAGACGUUGGAGGAUAUGGAUGCGGUGUUUGGGGAUACGGCCGCGCAUGAGGAGAAGAAGAGGAUACGGCUGCUGGAGGCACAGCUGACGGGUCAGAGUAUUAGCGUGGUGGAAAAGGAGAAGGCGAUUCUGGAGGAACACGUCGAUAGAGCUGAUGAGAACGUCUAG